GGUCCGUUCCUCUUUACGGCCCACUUCCUCGUGGCCCGCGGGAAAUUUGUAUCCCAGUGCCUGUGUUCACCUGCUCUCGGGGUAACAUUGCAGGAAGGACGAAGAGGAGGAAGAUAUCAAAGAACUCUCUCACUUGGGGCCCCAGUUCGACACUUCCGGUGACCAGAGGUAGGGAAAGAAACAGGCCCGAACCGGAGUCGACAAGUGAAGAGAGGACUUGCCUCGCCGAGGCUGCCGUGAGGAGCGUGCACGAGUGCAGAGGGCCCCGGACCCCGGCUCCCCAUCAUCGAAGGCGGCCGCCAUGCCCGCCCGCUGCGUGGCCGCCCACUGCGGCAACACCACCAAAUCUGGGAAGUCGCUGUUCCGCUUCCCCAAAGAUCGGGCCGUGCGGCUGCUGUGGGACCGCUUUGUGCAGGGCUGCCGCGCCGACUGGUACGGGGGCAAUGACCGCUCCGUCAUCUGUUCUGACCACUUCGCCCCGGCCUGUUUUGACGUCUCUUCGGUUAUCCAGAAGAACCUGCGCUUUUCCCAGCGCCUGAGGCUCGUGGCGGGCGCCGUGCCCACCCUGCACCGGGUGCCCGCCCCAGCACCUAAGGGGGAAGAAGAGGGAGACCUAGCGGGCGGCCCGGAAAAGGGUGGAAAGCUUCAGGCAGCCAGGCAUUCUGGGGCUGCUCAGGGUCCAAUCUCCUGUACACGCCUCCGGGCCGGGAAGAGGGCUGCGGUUUCACAGAUUGCAUGUGAAAAUGAAGUUAUACAAACACAAGUCCAUGCUGGUAAUGUACCUAAUGAUGUCACUUCAGUACCUACUCACUGUGAAGAAGGCCCAGUGCAUAAAAGUACACAAAUUUCUCUGAAAAGGCCCCCUCACCGUAGUGUGGGUAUUCAGGCCAAAGUGAAAGUGUUAGGAAAACGACUGUGUAAUGCAACUACUCAGACAGAUGAAUUGUGGUCUAGAACUUCCUCUCUCUUUGACAUUGACUCCAGUGAUUCAGAAACAGAUACAGACUGGGAUAUCAAGAGUGAGCAGAGUGAUUUGUCUUAUAUAGCUGUACAGGUGAAAGAAGAGACAUGUUAAAAACACAACAUCAAAUGCUUUGAUGUGCUAUAGAUUUUGAAAUCUUUACUUACGUAAUUAUCUCUUUGCUAUUAUAAAUAUUUCACUUCAGGAUAAUUUGACAGUUGAGUAUCAGCAAAAUUUGUUUAGCUCUAAGGCAAAAAUUUGCCUACUUGCCAAGAUAAUGAAAGUAAUCCCUGUCCACAAACCUCCUUACCCACUUACUUUCACCUUUUUUUUUCUUUUUACCUCUUUGAUGGAAAUCAGGUUAUAAAACAAAAUCAUAGUAGCAACAACAUUUCGUGAUCAAAAGUAAGCAUUGAAUAUUUAAGCUUAGUUGAGAAGCAAUGCUUCUAUGGGACUUCUUUGACAUUCACCAGUUAGAAUGUCACUAUUCUUCUAAAUAAUUUGAAGGUAAAGAGCAAUGACAGUGAGCACAGCCAAGCCUGAUAGCUUUAAAUGAUUUGGGAGUGAAGAUAUGUUAUUUAUUUGUUUGUCCAUUUGUAAUACUAUGAGAUUUAUGGAUCAGUCCCUGUAAACAUUUCUGGUGAAGGUAAAGCUCUUACAGAAAAUUUUCAAAGGGAAUCAGUUUAGAGAUAGAGUUUCACAUACUUAGAUUACUUUGUUAACGAAAUCUAUUUGCCUCAGUUCCUACUGCAACAAAUUAGUUAUCUUGAUUAAUUUAGAGUGGAAUUAUUAACAUCAUGCAAAAAAAAAGUAUUACAUUUCUAACAUAUUCAUUCCCAUUGUAGGAGAUGGUUUUUCUUUUAUCAGCACCUCUCUGUUGAAUUCUACAUGUGGGAAAUAAGUAUGCAAAAUUAGCUGCCCAUCUGCCAUUCACCAGGAAAAUUUCUAUGGCAGUCUUGUACCAUGAAGUUAAUUGUUAAAAUAGUUUCUGAGAAACUUAUUAUAACUCUGAUCUUCUGUUGAGUAUAAUAAAAGUAAAUAUCCAUUUUAUACCUCACAUGUCCUGUUAGUUCUGCAUGAUUAGAAGAACCUGCAUGCAUUUUAUCCUAGAAGGUUUAAAUAAUACACCAAAGUGAUUGUCUUCUAAAGAUAAUUUUAUGUCUGAGUUCAUUUGAGUAGUGUAAUUUUAAUUUUAAGGAA